UGAACAAUUUUGCUUCAUCAAUUAGUCGAGUGGCACGAUCCAGUAAAGAUAAGUUGUGAGAAUAUUUGAAUAGAAACCACAUCAAACUUUCAAAAUGGCUGAAGGGGGAAUGAAAAUAGUGAAAUGCAUGUUGUUUUUCUUCAACGCAAUAUUCUGGAUUUGCGGCCUUGCAUUGAUCAUCGGUGGAGUAUUAGUUCUGAGGAACUACAACGAAUAUGUCAAAUUUACCGGUGACCUGGGUGAUACGAUACCAAUCUUAAUCAUCGUGGUCGGCGGCAUCAUCUUCAUCACAGGUUUCUGCGGCUGUUGCGGUGCAAUCAAAGAGAGCUACUGUAUGGUUUCUACUUAUGCCUGCAUUUUGAUCGUACUCUUGGUUGCUGAGGUUGGCAUUGGAAUUGCUGGAUUUGUUAUGAAUGAUGAGGUUAAAGAUCAAAUCACAGAAAACAUGGACGCCACCAUGAAAGAUUAUCAAACAGUGAACGUCACCAGAGACCUGUGGAAUGAUAUGCAAAAGAAUCUGAAGUGCUGUGGUACCUACAACUACACUGAUUGGUACGACGUGAUUGGAGAUAAGAAAGUCCCGGCUUCUUGUUGCAUAGAGAAAGGCUGUGAGGUCAACCAAACCCCAAAAAACGUAUAUGAAGAGGGCUGCUCAGAAGCACUGUUUAAUUUUAUCAAGGAGAAUAUAAUAAUUAUUGCUGGCAUUGCCAUUGGUGUUGCAGUUAUCCAGAUUAUUGGAAUUUGGAUGGCCUGUUGUUUCAUGGGUCGCUGCCCAUGCUGUCGUUGCUGUGGAUGCGGUUACAAUAUUGCCUAUACUGCAACUUCUACAAAACCAUAGACAAUACAAUUAUUGGUGUCGUGUGCGCUUGCUGUCUGAUGAAAUCGAUCAAAAAUGAGUAUGAGGUUGUCUAAUGCAAAUGAAUUUCUACUCAUCCAAUUCUUCAACAACUCUAAGCCAGCGCUGACAAUGCUAACGUCGUCAGUCUCUCAACUACUCAAUUCAAAACAGGAUAAUGUGACAUUCUUUCAAUCUGUUGUUCGGUGGACUAUAUUAAAUACUGUUUUAUAAGUUCAAUAUCAACUGUUAAUAUUGAUUCUAUGAACUUUAUGGUAUGGUGGUGGAUGUAUGUAAUAUUUCUCGACAAAUAAUAAUACAGUGUGUCAGCAUCUUCAUAUAUUUUUGAGAAGAUUUAGCAAUGUAAUUAAUUUAUUUUGGAAUGCUUGUAGAUGUGAUGUAUAUUUAGUAUAAACAUAGUUCUAUAAAUAUGUUUGAUGUUGCAUUUACUUGGGAGCUGGCAACCAUAUCCCGCCCAUUCUAAACUUUUUGCUUUCAUUUUUUAUACUGAUACAACUACUAGUUUACUGGAUUGGAAACUUAAGACUUUGAGUAGAAAAAUAUAAAAAGGAAGGCCAAUCGAUGUGUUAUUUUUGCUUAAAAUUUAAGAUUUCUGAAGCUAAAACUUUUUGUAUGAGCAUUGGUUUUUCCUGAUACAUGUAUUUUGAUGGUUCUGGCUCACUAUAUAUAUUAUUGAAAAGUAUUUAUUCUUUCUAAAUUUAAAUAAUGCUUGUUGUAUUACUGUAUAGACAUUUUCUCAAAAGUGAUAUAAUAUCUUUUUUACAAAGGAUAAAGCUUACAUCAUCUGUGUAGAGAAAUUAGAUUCGAAGUAAAAAUGGUUAACUCAUGGUACUAAUUUUCUCUUUAUAACUUUGAAAUGUAUGUAUUUUUAAAAAAAUACAGUACCCCACCUAUUUCAUUACCCUUUACACCCACCUCCUAUCUAAUAACCCAUACACUCUUUAUAGAACUAUAGUUUAUUUCUAAAUACAUUUUUAUUAGGGACAUAUUAUUUUAUUUUUUGACUGACCUUUAUUAGGGUGGUCCCAAAACAGUUGUUUGCAUUGGUAAUUAUUGCAUAAGUUAAUUUUCCAUACUUAAUCCAUUGAAAUGUUUUGGGAUUAUUCUACAUACUUAGUAUGGUAUUAUCAAGAUUCAUGACUUGUUUCAUACAAUUACAGUACCCUUAAUCCUCAUAUCCUUACCUUUUUUAUAGCUUUGUAAUAAAGCAAGAAGCCAAGGAUAGAUAUUCUUAAUGAUAAUAAUUUUGAAGGAAUAAUUUAUGAAAAUGGCUUGUGUUAUGUAUUAUUUCUGCUUACAAAAAAAUAGAGUAUAUACUGUAUAUUGCUUGUUUGCCUUGAAAGAUAAAUUAGUUUUUAACCAAAUGUUUAAUAGAAAUUAGAUCAUAUUUGAGAAGGAGCAGAUUAAUAUGUUAGUAACUGGCAAAGUUAUAUUUUUUUCUUGCUAAAGUUCUUGUGUUUGGUUGGUAAAAUCUGUCGGUUGGUACUCUAUUAGUCAUGCUAUGUUUUUCUGUCAUGCUAUGUUUUUCUUUCAUGUUUCUUCAACUCUCAUUUCUAUAUUAAAAGUAUAAAACUUGGAUAUAUAAAAAA